AUGGCUCCUCGACCGGAACUUUAUCCACUAAAGACACCAAGUCAUAUUAUUUUCCCAUCUGAGCUUCAAGACUAUAUUCGGGCCACACGCAACCCAGAGCCCACAAAACGGACCGAUGGCAAGGGCCCUUCGGUACCGCCUCCUCUGGCUUAUACAGAGUUUCUCAAAGCUCUAAGCCCCGAAUUCGGUAGUCCAACCGAGUCUGAUGAUGGGGCCUUUUCAAACUGGUCUCUCGGCCAGCAACUGCCCUCACCUAUCUCUCCCCCGCCGACGUCCUCCACCAUAUCCUUCCCUAGCGAGAUGACCACAGCCAGAAAUCGCACCAGACCCCUUCCUCAUUCACUUAUGACCAACGCACCGCGGGCUUCAGCGGAAGUUGGUUCUCUCCAUCGCAUUCGGGUGUCCCCAACAUUCUUGUACGCCUCGGCAGUCGAGUCUCCGCCAGUAGAACGGAGAGCGCGGUACGCGGAAUCGCCCAUUACCAACGAAAGGACGAUUCGCAUUCAGUACGCCAGGACAAACCCCAUGAGAUUCAAGCGCGUGCCCUCUCUUGAUCCCCCGCCCAAAGGAAAGCGGAGAAGGGUGAACCAGAACAAAAAAUGA